GCUCUUUCCAUUCCAUCGAAGAUCCUUAGUAACGAAACCAGCUUGUUGAAUCCAUUGGUUAUUUUCUUAUUUCCCCCCCUCCCCACACCCCAAAACUUUGGUCGACUCUUCUGUCCUCUAUCUAGCCACGAGAGUAACCUCAACCGCAUCCAUCUCAAACAAUUUCAGUUAUACGACUUGAAAAGUUUCCAGAAGCUCAAGUCGGACGAACAAACAUUCCGUAUUUGUACAACGUCACGCAAGUUCACUAAGGAGUAGGUGAGACCAGGCAAGCGGAGAACCGCUUUUCUUCUGAGACCGUUUGAUACUUGCAGCCAGCUCUUCUUGGGAAGAAAAACGAAAAAGGGGAUUUCCAUGUCCAGCUACCUCGAGACGAGAGCAUAUGCUUUACCGCAUAAAGCUGCUACCGUACCCAUAUUACCAUCAUCAAGCGGGCGGAACCGCCGGAUCGACGCGAUCAAGACAGUCAAGAUGAAGAAUCUCACCAUUCGCAACCUGACCAUCACGCCGCUCGAGCUGAAGGAAGUAGAGCGCUAUGAGGACUCUACCAAGGCUCGUAAGCCGAACGGGUUGGCGAAAAUUACGGCGCGUAUCACCGGCAAAUCCUCUAAAUCAUCUCUCGCAUCACCAACCGCUGCUGCAACAACGGAUCUCGACGGGACGGCCCAGGAGCCAGGGACAGCCGGCAAGCAAGACAUAACAGACGUCCACAUCCAACCCUUCUCCGAACAUCAAACCUCCAUCCCACUACCCGAUGCCUCAAAAGGCGAAUCCCUCCGCCUCACCUUCUCUGAGCCCAACAAGCCAUACACCUACUCCGUCUCCAUCCCCGGCCCCUCACCGCGGAGCAUCGUCAUGAAAGCCAACCUGCCUCCGGGCUUGCAAGACCAACAACAAGUUCCUCCGCCCGAUCGCGAGUUCACCCUCAUCUAUAUGCCCCACCACUCCUUCCUUGCCAUCUUCAGCAGCACUCAUCUCAACCGGUGGAUGGCCGAGCUCGACCCAUCCUACCCCUUAUCCGCCCUCAGCAUCCCAGGGACGCACAACAGUCCGACUUGCUACGUCGCUUUGCCCUCUGUGCGAUGCCAGGCCGUUCCCAUCCGCGAGCAGCUCGACAACGGAGUGCGCUUCUUGGACGUGCGUGUAUCCUGUCCAUCUCCCUCCUCGCGCUCCCCAUCGCCUAUCAAGACCGCUUCUCCCAGGCUCGAUACACCCGACUCUUUACCAGGCGCCUUCCCCAUCUCGCCCACGUCAACUCGGACAGAGACACCGACAGACAUCAACUCGCCCGCGCCCCAACCUGAGCUCUCGCCGCAGGCUCCGGAACCGACAUGCAAAGACAAAGAAAAAGCCAAAGCGCCCAACCUCAGCCUAGUCCACUCCGCUUUCCCCGUCGCUUUAUCUGGAACCAGGUACUUCCACGACUUGCUGUCGGAGUGCUACGCUUUCCUGGACGCCAACCCUUCCGAGACGGUGUUGAUGUCGAUCAAGCGCGAAGGGACGGGGCGCGGGACGGACCAGCACUUAUCUACUUACCUGGCUGCUCACUAUCUGACGCCGGAUAGGUGGUAUUCUAAACCUGAGAUCCCGACGCUGGAGCAGGCGCGGGGGCGCAUCGUGUUGGUGAGGCGGUUUCACUUGGAUCCGAGUCUGCAAGCUGAGGGGAUGGGAAUUGAUGGGUCGGUGUGGCCGGAUAACUGCGCGGAUGGGAUGUGUGGAAGCGGAAGGAUUCGGAUCCAGGAUUAUUAUGAGGUUGGGCAGACGCAGCACAUCAAGAAGAAAAUUGGGUUUGCAAAGGAGGGGUUGAUGAGGGCGGCACAGCAGGUAUAUGGGCCGUCUGGGAUACCGGAUUCGGAAGCCGCUGGAGGUCCGAUGCCUCUAUUUAUCAACUUUCUGAGUGGCAGCAACUUCUUCAAUGCGAGUUGCUGGCCCGAGAAGAUCGCUGCCAAGAUCAACCCACACAUGAUAGAGUAUCUGUGUAUGGAUCACGGAGCUCCUCAGAAGCAACCGAGUGAGCUUACCGUCGGCGAUGCUGGGACAGGUAUCGUAGUAACGGAUUGGGUUGGGAACAAUGGUGAUUGGGAUCUAAUACGCUGCAUCGUCGGCUGGAACGCAAGGUUGCAGUUGACGCGAUAAAUAAAGUAACGUACAGCGGCAGUCUCGAGACGUUUUCAUCACAAAGCAAAAGGCGUAACCAGCAACAGACUAGAAUCAGAUCGAAGUAAUAAAAGCGUCAAUUCAAAUGUCGCUACCCAAACACCCAAGCGCCACCAACCCCAAUGCUAACCGCUUGAAGAGAUGCCUAAAACU